AUGGAGGCCGCGGAGAUAGAGUUAGGUCCUAUGUCUUCUGUGGAGAUCGAGAAGAUGGUACGGGAGCUUACCGAACCUGGGGCAAUCGAUAUCCGAGAUAGUGAAUCCACAGUGUCAGCUCGCGACUACCUCAUCCGUACGAGGCAGGCUCCUGACAUCGAGGUCGAGGAGGUGGAGGAGGGAUGGACUACUCCAGCCCGCGAGUCAGGUGGGGAAGAAGAGGAAGCGGAAGGGAGCGGGACGGACUCGGUUGACGACUCCCAACUGAACGAGCCUUUCUCAUGCGAAGACCUAGUCUCGCGAGUCGUCAAGUCUGACUUCACCACUUUCGUGAGGUUCCUGGGAUCAGAACCGACUUUAAUCGCAGACCCAGUAUGUCGCAUAUUUGUUGACUUAGAUAAGGUUUGUUACUCUGUUUUUCGAGAUCUUUUGCUAACUCGUUCUUUUGUUGUCAUCGCGGAUGUACCGGCUCGACCAACGCUUAACGCUCAUAAAAAGGGGGUAGCUGAAAUUCUUGGGAGUCUUCCGGUACAAGAUCGCGACUGGCGAUUGCUGUGUACGACUGCCAAAUUGCGAGAACACAAACUGAUCCCUGAGAACGCGAGUCUUCAACGGGAGCCAGUAUAUAAAGAACCAUCUGAGAGACAGCAGGAGCGGAUAGAUAAACGGCUUUCCAAGCAAACUCCUCGAGAAACUUCAGACAUGACUUUCCUGAAGUCUGCCCCUGUCCUGAAGAUCAAGCAAAAGGGUGGGACACCGGCUUCUUCACCAGUCGUCGCACAGAAGAGGAAGAGCGAUGUGAUGACUUCGCUCGCUGCAGAUUCCUCCAAGAAGUUGGCCAAGACCACUCAGGAUAAGGGGAAGAAGGUUGUCAUUGAUUCUCCGGUUCGCCCUCGCGACUUCCUGGCUAUGCAGGAAAAAUUACUGGCCGAGAUUCCUUAUGAGGAACUUGUUUCUCGAUCAACUGAACUGGCCGCACAAUCUGUGGCUUUGUUUAUGAAAGCCGUGGCCACGCCUUCGAAGGAAACUGACUCGCUGAAGAGGCAGAACGCCCAUUUUCAGGAAAACAUAAAGAGGCUGAAGCAGGAGGUGGCCAAGAUGGAGGAACUUCACAAGGAGCUCGAGGAAGCCAACAGGGCCAAAGAACAGUUGGAGCUCGAGCUCAAGAAGUCGCAGGACACGAUCGCUGAGAUGGCUCGCGACUUAGAGGCUGAGAGAGAGAGUGGGAAAAAACAGUAUGAUCAGGCUGUGUCUGAUUAUAUUUAUACUACUCUCUCUAAGGUCCCUGACUUCGACUUCUCGCUGCUUGGAGAUGAAGCUGCUGAAAUGGCUGAAGCCUUUCGCUCGAUGUCUCCUACCCGGACUCACGGCAACCUUCCGGAUGAAAUCGAGGGAGCGCAGGCUGAGGAGGUCGAGAAUGAAGUUGUGAGCAAGAUCGUGGAUGAGGCUGCUCCUGAUGAGACUACUCCCGCUGCUUGAUUAUUUUCUAUCUUAGUUUUACUUUUGUUUCGCUGUUUUU